GUUCAGGACCUUCUACCGUACGUCUGUCUAUGAUAGAGAGGGGAAAAACUGGGUCAAGGAAGAUAAGAAGGUGUCUCUUGACCAUCGGCUCUUCCAAGGAUACGGGGUCAAGGCUUUGUUGAUGAAAGCGUUUGACGUGCGCGGGAACCGAACAGAGUUCCAAAUGCUGGAUCCGGAAAAGUUUCUUUCCAAAACCAAUGGCUACCGCGUGACUGGUUCCUUGCCUGUCGUCGACAGCGCUUUCAUGCUCAGCAGACCUUUGGUCCAAUUCAACAGCCCGGCGGACCAACUCGCAGCUUUCGUUAUGCGAUACAGGGAAGAGUUCUCGAGGCUACCUGUUGCUCAGCAAGUUGACCGUGUUUUCGUGCCAAUUGACGCCCCAUCUUCGUCGGCUGCGGGGCCCAAACGGCGCCAAGAUCAGCCAUCCAGAGCGGGUGGAAAGAGGAAGCAAUUGUCGACUGCCCCGUUUUCGUCGGCUGCGGUUCUGCCCUCGGAUUGGCAAGGUCGCGAUGCGGCCGAGUUGUCCAGCGAGGCCACAGACUACGACGACGGAGCUGUGCGCUAUCGGGCUGGUCCCCGGCAUCGUUCACGGGGAGGUGCAGGUGCCUUCGAUGAUGAGGAAUGCGAGGGCCAAGAUGGGGAGGGCGGUGGUUGGGAUGGGGAGGGCGGUGGUGAGGAGCGGGAGGGCGGUGGUGAGGAGGAGGAGGGCGGUGGUGAGGGGGACGAUGGUAACGAAGGAGAUGUUGAAGGUGAGGACGAUGGCAUGGACGAGGAAAGAGACGAUGUUGGUGAGGAAGUCGAAGACAAUCGCUCCUCCCAAUUUCACCGUCGCCACCACAACGAAUCGCAGGGGCGCCGUGAGGACGACGCCUGCCACGUCGGUGACGCGGUCGAUGCUGGUGGCCAGCCUGCAGCCUCCCGCGGAAUGUCGCAGUCCUAUGACCAGACGAAUGAUGGGAGAGAUGAACCUGGCUCACGGAGAAAGCGAAAGAGGGGAGAGGCGUCGACCUCUCAUGCGAGUCGAACAAAACAGGCGCGGGCCGACGCCGUCAAUGAAGCUCGCGGAGCGUUGACGGCAUCACAGGAAGCGCGGGCUCCUCGGAAAAUUGCUGGGGGGAGGCGAAGUGGCAGCCGCGGGGGCGGUCGCGGCGGCGGUAGGAAAGGCUCGCAGAGGUCCAGGGCACCUGAGCUGCGGGACUCGGGGGAUGAGGGCGAGGGGGUGGGGCCUCGCAUGCCCGAAGACAUUGAAGAGCUGGUUCAGCACGCCGCGUCCGUGGACAUGACACGAUGUUUCUUCCUCGAAUACGACGAACAGGGCUUCGCCAGGCAAGACGUCCAAGUUGUUAACGUCGACGUUAAUAGGAUCAAACCCAUUCCCCGUGGGAAGAUCCUAUUUAACCACCGUUCGUUGUCUAAGAACAUUGUGAGAGGCAUCGAGAGUGUCAUAGAAAACUCCAUCAGUGCUGACCCGGGGGUGUGGGAUAGACUUGAGCUCGUUCUUGCACCGGUUGACCCCAACGUCAUCGUCGGGGGGCAGGGAAGGCGAAUCACGCCGGACGAGUUCUUCCAAAGAAAUUUUGCAGAGUUCGACUGGUACGCUGUCUGCGGUCAGCAUACUGCCGAGGCCAUGAAACGGUUGGUUGGAAAGGGCUCCCCCGCGGUCAAAGUCUACGGCCUCCGCACGUACUCUAAAGUGGGAGUCGUCUUUUUCGAUGAUGACCACACACACCGGUACUUCAAUGUCUCCCUCUUCGACAACACACGGGAGAAUCGCGCCAUGAUGUUAUCCUUCCAGGAAGCUGUGCGUGAUAUGCGGCAAUGGUGGAUCGACAACAACAGGAUCGAGGCACCCAAAGCUAAGGCACUCGACAACGAAUACAGCAAAGAUUGGAGUAACAAACGACGGGGGUAUCUGAACCUCGCCACAUCCACCCGCACGGUUUGGCCGCUGAUGGAGAAGUUCUUCGCGAUGUUCGAGGAGGGUAAUAAUGUCAUUGACUGUGACGAGUCGGCCAAGGACAUUGCAUACUUGACAAAGUUCGUCGACAUACUUGUUAAGUAUGGGAAAUUCGAGUGCCGCCUCAAGAAGCCGCAAGCCACACAUCGCACGAACAGGGAUAUGUACCACAAGUUGGGACCGAAAAGACUGAAGGUGUGGGAAUACCUUUUCCGCGAUGCGCUGGAUGGACGCCUUGAUGGGGGAUACAUAUAUAGGAAAGCCAAGGUGACCGAGGUCCUCAAACAUUAUCACGGUGCUCUAACUGGCGCCUUCGAGACAUUCGGUGCUCGAUGCGAGAUCUUGAGGUUUGAUCUUCACAAAGAUAAACUGACGUUUAAGGACUAUGCAGACCUCGUUAAAUCGGGUGAAGGCUUUAACCCCGUUGACAGCGAGGAAGACUCGCCGGACUCCGACCUCGAGAUCGAAAAGGGCACCAAUGCAACCGGGUGGUGUGGGAAGUCCGCUGCCAUGGAGCACAGCGUCAAGGGAUAUGGACCGGGUCAAUCAGAGGGAUGCUCGAACCUGCCACCCGCGAACAGUGUGGCCUCGGGUGUGGACCGGGUUGUAUGUAUGCCUGUCGAAGACGACGAAGACGAUGACCUUGAUAUUCCUGCUCAACCAACGAAGUUGGCUUCAAGCGAUCCGAUUCCUCCCAGAUUUUGUGCGGAUGCAAACAAUGUGUAUUUCUUGGAUGACAAAUACGCCUGCACUAGUGAGGAUAAGUGGGGCCAUGAUAUCAUUUGGCAUGACGGCAUUUUCGAACCAUGUAUCCAAGGCGGGGAGUGGAAAAUGGCGGUGAAGUAUGUCUCGAAGGGUUGGAGACUGUUUCCCCGCAUGGGAAAGGACAACUGGCUGAAGACAACGGAGCAAUCAAUACUAUACCGCUGUCGGAAAGAGAACCCCGGGGAGAGUGAAACAUCCAUCGCGGCAAAGGCGAAACAAUUGUUCGACGCCUUGGGAGCCACUCGGCAGUUAGAGUACUCACAAGUUGAGCGCGCCGCCGCGCUCGAGAGCAUGGACGUGGACUCCCGAGAAGAUGCCGCCUCUGUGCCCGAGGCGGCCACAGGGAACACGACGGUUGAACAAAGGGAAGAUGGCAGGACGACGUUUGGCGUGAAGCCUCCGUUGUCAGAGGCGGGGAACACGCCCGCAGGCAAAAACACCAUCAGAGCCAUCUCUGUCGCAACAGGGGAUACAUCACAAGGUGAAAAAGUGUCACUCGACAAGCUGGCAGAUGCGGGCGCCACAUACGGGAGUCUCCUCGCGACAGGUGCGGCGCUGGCAGGCACAUCGGAGAUGGUGUCACAGUCCACUGCUGGGAUGGGCGUCACGGGGAUGUCGUUGCAUCCGCCCACAUGCACUAGCAAAGGUGACGCACACUGUACAACAACAGCACAGGGAAGGGUCACAGGGGAUGAUGGGAAUGGGGGAAAUGCAGGGGGGUCUCCACGUUCUCGCAAUAUUGAGGACAUGACGACGGACGAUGAGGAUGGGGUAGAAGGCGGAAAGGGCGUGAACGAUCCCACGCGUGCAAAAAAUGAGGGGUGAGACAGGGAAUGAACUUGAAGGGAAUCC